AAAAAACAACAAACCGAUUCCGUUCUUUGGAGAAGAAAGAAGAGAGAGUGUGUGAAUAUCGCUGGGUAGAGUGUUUGUGCAAACGUUCGGGGUUUUCGUAAAUUCACCGUGAUAAAGCAUCCAGAUUGAGGUUCGCCCGAGUGUCCACACCAGUCCGCCCCACAAAUGGAGGCCGUGCCGCGGAUGCCGAUGGUUAGCUUCGAGCUGAAAACCAGCCCGGAGCAGACCAACUUUUCCUCCCUCAAGCAGUACAUUGCGGAGUACUACCAGGAAGAUCCGGCCUCGUACAGCAAGGAAUGCUAUCAGCUCGAGCAGCUCCGGGGUAAUGCCGUGCGGCCGACGCGCGACGUCGACGGGACGGCCACCGUCCGCCGCUACUACUGCCAGCUCCACUCGAUCCAGAACCGGUUUCUGCUCGGGGCGGUGAGCGAGGGCCAGCAGCUGCUCACCUUCCACUGGAAGGACCUGUACUCCGGCGCGACGCUCACGAAAUGGAACCUCAAGUACGAGAUGGCGGCCGUGCUGCACAACUUUGCCGCGCUGCACACGCAGCUCGGGGCGGCCGAGGGCCGGGCCGAUCCGGAAAGCAUGAAGAAGGCGUGCACCCACUUCCAGUGUGCGGCCUGGGCGUACGGGUACGUGAAGGACAACUACGCGCUGCUGCUGCAGGGCGACCUGUCGACCGAGCUGCUCAUCUUCAUGCAGGCGCUGUGCCUGGCCCAGGCGCAGGAGUGCAUCAUGGAGAAGAGCCUGUGCGACAACCGGAAGUCGGGCAUCAUCGCGAAGGUGACGGCACAGAUCGUGAGCUACUACAACUCGGCGCUGGCGGCGCUGCUCACGCAGAGCGGGGACGACGGGCGGGUGCAGGACAUUGUCGGCAGCAAGCAGUUUAAGGAGUGGCGGCGCUACGUGCGCUUUAAAAUCUCCUACCUGUCCUGCAUACUGCUGCUGUACCAGGGGCAGCAGUCGGAGGAGCAGCAGAAGAUGGGCGAGCGGGUCGCGCUGUACCAGGCGUCGUUCGACAAGCUGGAGGAGGCGCGCAAAGAGUCGAAGGGGCUGGCGAACAUUGAGCAGGUGAACGACGCGCUGCAGUUCACGAUGGACGUGGUGGAGGCGAAGCGAAAGGCGGCGAAAAACGAGAACGAGUUCAUCUACCACGAGGAGGUGCCGGAUCUGAGCGCGAUCACGGCGGUGCAGGGCGCGAAUCUGGUGAACGGGAUCGCGUUCAACGUGACCGACCCGGAAGCGAUGGGCGAGGACAUCUUCCAUCGGCUGGUGCCGAUGAAGGCGCAUGAAAGCAGCUCGAUGUAUAGCGAGGAGAAGGCUACGCUGCUGCGCACGAUCGGCACCAAGCUGGACGAUAAGGAGGUGGAGCUGCAAACGUUUAUCGAUUCGCUGAACUUGGACGCGAUUGAGGCGCCCCGGACGGCGGACGACAAGCGGCUGCCCCAGGGGCUGGUGGAUCGCUGCGCGGAGCUGCAGGCGAAACCGAACGCCAUCAGCGAUCUGGUGCAGUCGAUGUCGACGCUGGCCGAUACCUGCUCGGACGUGGAGCUAACGCUGAAGGAGAUCAAGAAUCUGCUCCGGCAGGACGAAAUCCGGGAGGAGCAGUAUCAGGCCAAGAUCGGGCAGCGCUCGAACGGUGGCGCUCACAUGGUCGAGCUUGGGCGCGAGCUGGCCAAGUACCAGGAGGCGCACAACAAGGCGGGCGAAAGCAACGACACGCUGCGGAAGGCGAUGGGACUGCACGUGCACAAUCUGAAGAUACUGUCGCAGCCGCUGCCGGACAUUAAGGCGCAGAUCCCGGUCUGCACCGAGCAGUUCGACGAGGCGGUCUUCCAGGAGCUGAACACGAUCGUGCAGAAGGUGAAGGAAAUGAAGGUGCAGCGCAUCAAGCUGUACCAGGAGCUGCGGCAAAACAUCACCGACGACGACAUCACGUCGCAGCUGAUCGCCCUCGAGGGCGGUGGGUCGGAGCAGAAGCAAAAGAUGGACGAGCUGUUCCGGAAGGAGCUCGGCAAGCACGAUCAGCUGGUCGGGUUUCUGGAGCAGAACAUGAAGGCGCAGGGAAACAUACUGAAAGCGCUGACCGAGGUGUACGCCAAGUGUGCGCCGGCACUGAAGAGCCUGUCCGACGUGAAAACGAAGCGCGAUCAGUUCUUCUCCUCGCUGUCCGCUUCGUUCGACGUGUACGAGGAUUUGCUGUCGAAGAGCGCCAAGGGGCUGGAGUUUUACCGCAAGCUGCAGAGCAACGUGCAGAAGCUGUACUCGCGGGUGAAGGCAGCCUGCGACGUGCAGGAGGAGGAGCGCAACCAGAAGCUAAAGUCGAGCAAUGUGCUGAAACGGUCGUCGGUCGAUAGUGGAGCGGUGGGAACGAUCGGUGGUGGUGCUGGGAGCAUUUCGAGCAGUGGAAGCGGAGGUCCAAAGCUGAAGGACUAUCUGAAGGCGGGCACCAUCAGCUUGGGGUCUAUAAAAGCGGCAGGGGUGGAUAAGAACCCGGCGACCCAUUUGCCUUCUGUACGACCUGCUCCGGUUGGUUCGGAAAGUAACGCGCCGGUGGUAGGGAUGGCGGGAGGCGGUACGGGAGGGUACUAUCAGGAUUCGUACACCAAUUAUCAUCAGCAGUAUCACCAGCAACAACAACAACAACAACAACAACAACAACAACAACAACAACAACAACAACAACAACAGCAACAACAACAACAGCAACAACAACAGCAACAACAGCAAAUGCAAUAUGGAGGUAAUUCCAACAUGUCCGUCGGAGGUACAGGGUAUGAUUACAGUCAGUACUCUACCCAGCACCAAUCUCAGCCACAGCCAUCUGCCACUGGCUCCACCGUUGCCACGGGAUACGUGAAUCCAAUGUACCAAAAUCAAACCUCCACGAACUAUUACUACAACAACAAUCAGGCACAGGUGCCUCAGUCAUCGAACACAACCGGAUACGACUACGGCCAGUACGGUCAACAGCAAAUGCCCCCACCGGCGCAACAGCCCUCCCCAGCUCCGUCGGCGUCGUCCGCUUCGUCCGACGUGACCCAACAGCAAGCCUCCUGGGGCCAGCUGAAUCACCAGUUUUCUGCCAUGAAUCUCCAACAACCGACGGCGGAUGGAAGUUACGCGAAUCAAACCGCCGGCACGAUCUCCAAUCCGGGCUAUUCACAGGUAGCGGCUUAUCAGAGCUCGGUUGGAGUUAAUCAACAGCAACAACAACAACAACAACAACAGCAAUAUCCAACUGUAUCACAACCCAACGCCUACCCCGCACCGUACCCGACAUCUUCGAACGAAUCAAUGACGUCCAUGUCUUCGUCUCAGGAUGCCGCCGCCAACGCCGCCUACGGAAACUACGGACAAACAGUGCCCCAACAGCAACCGUAUCAGCAGCCCGCACCGCAGCAACCGUACGGGGCCGGCUCCUCCACCACCCCGUACUACCAGCAAGCGCCUUAUCAGACGGAACAGACUGCCUCGUACGGGUCGCAUCCGGGCUAUUCGUACAAUCCGCAAACCGGUGCGUACGACUACACCAGCGGCUUCCAAUACGAUUCGAACAACGCAACGGCCGGCUCGUACGCGAACCAGUACGUGUCCAAUCCGCAGCUUGGCAGUAGUAGCCUGGCCACCACGUACUCCGCAUCCGGCCAAACAGCGGCAUCAGCAUCGGUCGACUCAUCCGCCUCCCAGCCGUAUCAGCUUUCGACUGGCGGCACACCAGCGCCCUCCGCGUACCCACAAGGACAGCCCGCGAAUGCAACUUCAUCCUACUACAACACAACCAGCGGUGCAGCAACCUCCGCCGGCUACUAUCACCAAACGUCCACCUACUCCACCGUGCAAUCGAACCAGUAUUUAGCAUCACAACCCGAUCCGGCCACCGUGGUGCAGCAGAGCCCACUUCCGCCAGCGGCGCACAGCACACCGAACGACCCCACGGCCAAUGUGGCGCACUAUUCGCAUCACACCAACUCGUACGUGGACAGUACGGGAUCGCAAAAUACGACAACGACCACCGCAUCAUCCUCCUCCACCACCCAGCAGCAGUCGGUCGUGUCGCCGCAAACGACGCAGUCGAAAAAUAUUGAUCUCCUCUCGGGGAUUGAUUUUUCGCCCGCGCUAGUCCCACCGAUUGCGGCACCAAUCUUGCAGCCACAACCAACGGCCGGUUCGAUCGUGGGCAGCACCGCAGUCGAUGGGAGUGAAGCAGCGGCCAGCGUUAUUCUUACCCCAACGAAAGCUACGGUUGUGGAGAAACUGGUUGUGGAAAAGGCGGUCGUAACAGACCCGGCUCAAACCGUUCCGACCGCUGUGCCCGCUGCGAGCUCGUCGGUCAUUGGGGAGCGCAAACCAAGCCUGGACAACCUGUCGCUCUGCUCCGAUCUGAGCUCCAGCUUCGACUGGGAAAGUGCCUCGGUGUGUGGUGCGACCGCUUCGGUGUCCGGUGCCGCCGCCAACCCGGCGGACAAUGUGUUUCUGCGCCCCACCAAACCGGACCCGUUCGAGGAUGGGGCGACGCUCAAGUGGUUCCACAAGGAGGUGGAGCGGUUGGAGAAGUUUGUCGAAACGAGCGGCGUGAAAACGCUGAACGGCACGACCCCGCUGGAUAGCAAGUGGAAAGAGCUGCAGGAUUUGCUGGUAAAGGAAGAGGCAAAGCGGCAGGUGAGCGUGGCCCGCCUGUUUCCGGAAAAGAAUCGCUCGAUCGACUGCGUCCCGUACGAUCACGCCCGCGUUCAGCUGUCCACCGAUACGGACAAUUACAUCAACGCGGUUUACGUAAAGUUUCAAAAGGAUUCAAAAUUGGACCUUGGGUUUGGUUGCCCUCACUUCAUUCUCGCCCAAGCGCCGCUACCGAACACGGUGAACGAUUUUUGGAACAUGAUCUGGUCCCAGAAGUCGAACGUGAUCGUCUGUCUGCAUACCGCCAACGAGCUGCUGGAUCCCUUCUGGCCCACGGAAGUCGGCAAAGAGCUUAGCUACGGUGACGUAUCGGUAACGCUGAUGAAGCAGUUCGACCUAACGCACUGCACCGAGCGUACGCUGCGCAUCAGCAUGCUCGGCUCGGACUACUCCCUGACCGUGGCACUGUUGCAGCCGAAGCUGUGGCCUAAAAACUCGCCCGAACAGAUACUGGGCGUGGCGCAGAACCUGAUCGACUCGUACCGCCAGUACAACCAAGAGCAGAAGCUACCGCCGCAGCUGCGUCCGCUCGUGCUGAACUGCCUGAACGGGACCGAUCGGUCGAGCCUGGUGACGGUGGCGAUCGUCACCAUACUGGCGACCCAAACCAGGAAACCGCUGCUGAUAAAUGUGAUCGACAUUUGGUACCGGAUCUGCUGCCAGCGGAAGGGUGCACUGCGCGAUCCGAACUUGAUACAGCUGUCCUAUCAGAUCGUGCUUAAUAACGGGCAUGGCAUACUGAACAAACGUGGCAUCCUGACGUCGUACCAAAUGAAGUCGGCCCAGGUGGCAAGCAGCACCGUCAAGGAGGAAGCCAACAACGAUCCGUUUAAAGAUCUCGACCCACUGUGGAAGCUGAAGUAGUGUAGCGCGCGCAAUAACGGGGAAGGGAUCGUUUGUGCUACAGCGGCGAGAUUGCUGUGAUUGCUGUUUGAGACUCGCUUGACCCGCUGACUGCUCGAGGGAACGAUUCCAUUGAUUCCGCGUGCAUCGUGUAGGGAUUGGGAAGGAAAUUCUCUGUUAUUCAUUGCAUAGACCGCUUGAAGGCGCGCAUCUUUUGCACCGACGCUAUUUAAUCAUACUCUUUGCAUUGCAGCAAUUAUUCCAUUUUUAUUCAAACGUCUACACAAUUCUAUUUCGACUAUUAUUCCAAAUUGUUGACCAUUUAUUGGGGUAUAUAAUGUAUAAUGUAAACGUAUAUUUAUUUAUAUUGCUGGGCAGCGGAACGAGGAGCAAUAAUAUGUUGGAUGAACAGCACACCACCACCACUUGGUUGGAAGGGAGUUGUAUUUAAGCAUAAUAGACGCAAUUUUAUUUUCGUUAAAUUUAAAGAAAGACACAGAGAGAGAGAGAAAGUGAAGAGAAGAACAAAGCGUGAAAAACGAGGUAGAAGCCUGGGUUUCUUCGUUUGGCAAUAAACUAUAUCUAUUAUUUCUAUCGUAAAAGGA